AUGGAUAGUAGUUAUGUUGUUGUUAUAUUAACGGCAUAUUUUACACAUUUACAAUUACAACCAAUACAUAAAAUAAUGACAUUAAAAUCUGCACUUAAUCGAGCAUGUAAAUUAAAAAGUUAUAAAACUGCAACAAGUUUUGCGAAACGUUUAUUAGGAUUAGGACCAAUACCUGAUGUUACUCAACAGGUAUUUCGUCUUUUUCCUAUUAAAAAAUAA